AUGUCGGUCAAGGUGGCGGUGCGAUGUCGCCCCUUCAACCGGCGUGAAGUCAACGCCCAGUCCGAGUGCGCCAUCACCAUGCAUGAAUCCAGUACCGUCCUUCACCAGCCAGGUAGUGGCCCAGACCGCCACCGGCAGUUCACUUUUGACCACAGCUUUUGGAGCUUUGAUGCCAAGGACAGCCACUUUGCUGACCAAGAGAGUGUUUACACAGCCGUAGGCCAGCCACUCUUGGAUGAAGCCUUCCAAGGCUACCAUGGUACCAUUUUCGCCUAUGGGCAAACCGGCGCUGGCAAGUCCUACAGUAUGAUGGGUGGAGUUGAGGUCAGCUACAUGGAAAUCUACCUCGAAAAGGUCAAAGACUUGCUUGCUCCCACUUCAACCCAGCAUACCCUUCGCGUGCGCGAAAACGCAUCCACGGGGCCCUACGUUGAGGGCCUCACCUCCCACGCCGUGAGCAAUUUUGCCAUGGUUCAGCAGCUCAUGGAUGAUGGCAGUCGGAUGCGAACCGUCAAGGCAACGGCCAUGAACGAUGUCAGCUCGCGCAGCCAUGCUAUCUUUCAGCUCAUCUUUACCCAAACUGCCGUCAUUGAACGUGGCAGUAAGCGAGUCGAACAGGAGCGCGUGUCCAAGAUUAGCCUUGUCGAUCUGGCUGGCUCGGAGCGAUCGGGACAAAUCAACGCUGGCAAGAGCGAUCGCAUGAAAGAAGGCAACGUAAUCAACCAGAGCCUGAGCACGCUCGGCAAGGUCAUCUCUACGCUGGCUGAUAAGGGACGGGGUAAAAAGGGCCAACACGUGCCCUAUCGAGAAUCAGUGCUAACCUGGCUCCUCCGUGAAUCGCUUGGUGGCAACUCCAAAACCCUCAUGCUGGCAGCCAUUAGCCCAGCGGCCAUCAACUAUGAGGAGACACUCUCGACGCUGCGCUAUGCCAAUCAAGCCAAAAACAUCGUAAACCGCGCUGUGGUAAACGAGGAUGCCACCGCCACCAUGGUGCGCCAGCUCAACGAGGAGAUUGAACGACUCCGCCUCGAGCUAGCCUCCGCCCAA